UUUCCCACUGUGAAAUGUGAAAUCAUGGGUACAAUUGAAUAAUAUGUUAAAAAAUAAAACUACUGUAAAUCAAAUGCAACUAAGACUAUUAGAAUUAGAAAAAAAACAAUGGUAUGAUGUAUUAGAAAGAAUCAUAUCCGUUAUCAAGUUUAUAUCUCAUCAAUGUCUGGCUUUUCAGGGCUUGUCAAAAACAAUAUAUGAGCAUGAUAAUGGUAAUUUUCUAAAAGCAAUCAAAAUGAUAGCAUCCUUUGAUUCAGUCAUGCAGGAACAUACUCACAGAAUUCAAUUCUUGAAAUCUGAUUCAAGUCAUAUGACUCACUAUUUAGGAGAUCAAAUUCAGAAUGAAAUCAUUGAUUUACUCGGCACAAUCAUAAAAAAUUAUAUACUAGACAAAGUCAGAGAAUCAAAAUAUUUUUCCAUCAUAUUAGAUUGCACACCAGAUGCAAGUCAUACAGAACAAAUUACAGUUGUACUCAGGCAUGUUCUUUUAAACAAUGAAACUAAAAAUGUUGCAAUAUGUGAAAAUUUUGUUGGUUUCUGUCUGAUCACCAGCUCAACAGGUGAAGGUCUAUUAAAUUUUGUUUUGGAUUUAUUUUCACAAUUAAAUCUCAACAUUCAAAACUUACACAGUCAAUGUUACGAUAAUGGUUCUAAUAUGCGUGAAAAACACAAUGGAUUGCAAAAAAAAAUUUUGGAAAUCAAUAAUCGCGCAUCUUACGUUUCAUGCUCGGCUCAUAGUCUCAAUUUAGUAGUCAAUGAUGCUGCAAAUAUUACGCACAAAACUGUGAAGUUUUUUAGUAUAAUUCAAGAAAUUUAUAUUUUUUUUUUGUUGUCUACAAAAAAGAUGGUUGAUAAUUGGCAAACAUUUGCCAGAUUUCAAAUUAAAAGCUUUAACUGCCACGCGAUUGUCUAGCACAGGGGUCGGCAGUUUGUCAAGUGAGAAGAGCCAAAUUGUCAUGAAAACAAGAUAACAAAAGUACCAGAGAGCCGCAUAUUAAUUUAAAUGUGCGAAAUACGACACACGACAGGGGCACCUUUAAUGGACGUUUUUGGCAUAACGUUACACGGAUGGACGGACACGCGUUCAAUGUGUUAUACAUAUAGAUAUGCUUCAAAUGCUACCACUUUUAUGCGACACAUAUUGAUCAACGCGAGUGUGGUCAUGUGCGGACAGCGUACGACUCUAUCUCAUAAAGGCAUAAGUUAUAAGGCUGCGGUGAAAUGAGGUGAGGUGAAAUUGGAGUUUAUGUCCAAAGAGCCACAAACGUCUAUGCAAAGAGCCACAUGCGGCUCGCGAGCCGCUAAAUCUGACCCCUGGUCUAGCAGAAUCGAUGCAGUCAAACCAUUACGGUAUCAUCUCAAAAAAUAUUUGAUGUUUUGCUGGAAAUAUCUGAUAAUUUGUCAGAAUGGGAUUGUGCUGCAUCUCACAAAGCUCAUUUGCUUGCUUUGAACAUUCAAAAUUACAGAUUUAUUUGCUCAGUUGUAAUUUGGUCCGAUAUUUUAAAUGAAAUUAAUGCUCUGAGCAAAAUGAUACAAAGUCCCAUAAUAAGAAUUGAAAUAAGGACAAUAAGGCAAUAAUAAUUAUCCUAUAAUAAAUACUCAAAUCUGCAUAAAUUUGUUAAAUAAGUUGAUUGAUAAGUUCACAGAAUAUUGCACAGAUGAACACUUUGAAAGGGUGUUAGAAGAAGCUACCAAUAUGGCUCAUGAACUCAACGUAGAAACAGAUUUCCCACCAAUAAACACAAUUUGUCCAAGAAGAAAACCAACACAAAUUCAAUAUGAACAUAGUGAUGAAGUUUUACUAGACCCCAAAAUCAAAUACAAAGUAGAGUUUUUUUAGAAUCCUAGAUUAGACAUUAAUUCUUUAAAGGAUAGAUUUGAAGAGUUAAAAACAUUUAUCGACAUAUUUGGCUUUUUCAGCAAUAACUUAUUUAAUUACUCCAAUGAUGAAUUAAUGAAACAUUGUAAAGAUUUAAAUCUGAAGCUUAAAGACGAUUCAAGUAGUG